AGGAGAAUGAUGACGACAGAAGAUAAUGUUCCGGACGAGUAUGCAAGAGUUCGUGACGAUUACUGGCGUGUUGUGAGAGAAUCUGGAGGUUUUGAUCUCAAGAAUGUUUCAAUUCCAUCAUAUAUGUGUGGAACACCAAUUUGUGCGAUGAGGACUUUUGAAGGUCAUGAUGGUUGUUAUCCUUACCGUGAUUUGGUGAAGGGUUAUUGUAUAGUGAGACUACAACGUUAUAAUAUGAAGCAUGGGAUAAACUACAAGAUGUCUUCCCUAAUCAAAUUCAACAUGACGACGAACAGUGUGAGCUCGUACUACCUGACCUUGCUUGCACGCGAUCCAGAUGUUAGUCCAUCAGAUAAGACCUUUCAGGUUUGGAUUGAUGAAAAAUCUUUUGGGCGUUUAGAUUUUACUUGCUAAAUGUGAAGGUGACUCAGCCAAAGAGUCAUUCAUGCCACACUAUCAUGGUGAUCCAGAGGCCAGCGUUCCCUUCGUAGGUGAAUUGCCUCUCUGGCCAUCGGCUGCUGAUGUAAUGAUGAAAGCCAAUUUUACAUGGUAAGCUUACCUUUUGUUUUUCACAUUAUCAAUUAAGGAAGUAGUUAUAUAUUGUUGUUGAUUUUUGCAGGUGAAUCGAUCUGAGUGGAAAGCCACUGGCUGGAUUUUUAUGUAUUUGGUACUUGUAAUUUAUUCACAUGAUAAGUUUAUCGUAACGGUAAGGUUUUGCAUAUCAGGUAAUGAUAUUUCACGAGUGUCAUUGUUUGUUGUUCAUAAUAAUAACUAAUACCAAUAUUGUUGUUUGUUACUGCUCUAGAGGGACAAAGACUAUCAGUCCAAGUUAAAGAUUGUUAAUAUGGCCAUAGAAACUAGUGCUGAUGAUUCAGAGCCGUCGAAAGAGAGACUCAAGGGCAAAAGUGCACAUGUUUACAUAACCUUCAAGGGCUUAGAUGAGCCUCAAGCUCCGCGACAGAGUUCUGAAUUUGGUGAACAUGUUGAGCGGAGAGAUAUAGUUAGAAGAGUCAUCUUUGAGAGUACAUGAGAGAUGAGCCUCUUGGGUAAGCUUUGUGGUGGUAAAUUUACUGGAAAGCAGAGUUCUGUGACACACCAGAGUAGAGAAGAAGCCCAGAGUUCUAAAAAAGCCCGGACUCGCCGUCGUUCUUAGACUAUGGCAGGUGCAUUUAACAAUGUAGAUCAGAUUAUAACAAAUUGGGCUAUUUUAUGCGUCUGGUGGUUUGUGUUUUUUCCUUUCCCGUCAAACUGGCAAUAUCGAGUUUUCCCACCAACCUCAAAACCAUGUUGUAAUUUUGUAAUUUUGAUAAAUCUACAAGAGACAAAAUCUAAUACUUGUUUAGUUUGCAGAUUAUACUUCAUUUUAUCUAUCAGAUCAAUUGCUUACUAAAUAUAAACAAAACUCAUUUAUUUGGCAUGAAAAGGCUCACAUCAAACAUGGUAGCAUCCCAAACAACUUGUAAAUUAAUUGAACCAUUAGAAAAUGUCAAUUUUUUUGCUACAUGUUUCAGAUACGCUUCAUGUAGAUGAGUUGAUAAGUUGCAUGCACAUGAUGGUUCCAUUCUACAUGGUAAGGAAUCAAAUUGUAUUGGAUGUCAAAUUGUUUGUGAGCCAUUAAUCUUUUCUAACUUUGUUCUCUUAUGAACAAAGAGAUGUUCAAAGUAGCGUGGUUCUUGAUUCCGUGAACUGUCUUAUCUUGCUUCAUUUUGAUAAGGUAUUUUUUUCUUACUUUAUGUUAAAACUGUUACGUUUUGAGUAUCAAACAAUGUUCUUUAAUUAUCGUUUCUUUAGUUUGCAGAUUAGGUCAAAUUUUGGGCAAUCCAAAGAAUCAUUGGAAGAAUUUUCAGCCUAUUACACCUCUUUGUCUUACUCUUAAAGAAAAAAUAAAACCUUAUGAUGAGUCAUGGGGACAUAGAAUUAACAAUGUUUACUAUGAAUUUGAUUAUCUUUACCUAGUUAUCACUGAAGCUAAUGGUUUCCCAUAAAGAACAGUUCACAUUCUUCUAAAAGAAUAAAUAUUUGUUAUUUUACAUGUAUUCCAUACAAAUAUAAUAAACCUAAAGUAUCUUCUAACCUCUCUAAUUAAGUCACCAAUCCGACUUCUCAUAAGCCGGUUUAUGUGUAAUUUUAUUUGCUCUCUAGUAGACAAACGUUCAUUUCUAGCAUGCCGAUCCCUAGCAUACACCUAUUAAGAAAAUGUAUAUCUCCAUCAUGUUUUCUUUGUUACAAACAUGAUUAUAUGCCAAAAGAAAAAAACUCACAUUUGAAGGUAAUAAAACAUCAAGUUA